AUGGAACAUGGGAGCCGUCAAGCCGCAACAAUUGAGCCAGAAGUAAUGUUUCCUGUAUCUAUCUUCACGCCGCAGGCGCUAGUUAUAGCAUCGCUGUCGCUUGCGGUUCUGUUGGUGGCUAUCUUUGUCAUCCUUUCAAGGAGGAGACUUGCUUCAAGAGGUAACUCUGUUCUGUUGGUUGGAGCCUCAGAUGCCGGAAAGACUGCCAUCCUAUCCACGCUUGUGUACAAGCACACGCCCCAAACGCACACAUCCAUGCAGACCAAUAGCGUGAUGAUGUCAGUUGGCAACACGACUAUCCGACUCAUCGACAUUCCUGGUCACCCCCGAAUCCGAGACCAAUUUCGUGAUUUUCUGUCCGAUGCAAAAGGCAUUGUUUUUGUGGUCGACUCGAGCACAAUAUCCAGAAUUGGGCCUGCGGUUGCAGAGUAUCUUCACCAGAUUCUCCAUGCUAUAACAUCUCUACCGCCUUCCCGUUCGACACCUUCGCUAUCUAUUGUUGCCCACAAGUGCGAUACUCUCAAGCCGACAGCUCAAGCUACGUCGGAACAGCUUGCAUUGAACCGAGUGCGAACGAUUCUGGAGCGAGAACUCGAGAAGCGUCGUGCAUCCCAGGCGGGAGGUGUAGGGAUAGAGGGUCUCGGUGCAGAAGAAACAGAAUCGGAUGUUGGUGGCCUAGAAUGCAGUGGGAAUGGUGAAUUCAGAUUCGCAAAUUGGGAGGGAGGGGAGGUCGUCUUUAUUGGCACAUCUGUAAGUGUCGGCAAGGGACUCUCUGGGACUAACGAGAAGGAUGCGCAAGACAGCGAGCUUCUUCCUCUACAAGAGUGGCUGGCGGCCCAGUUGUAG